AUGGAGAAGGAAGGACGGCUACCCGAAGCUGGGGUUGUCAAUCAGCCAUUACCAUCUGAGGAAAAGAUGGAAGAAGCUACGAGAAGGAGUGCUCUGGCAGUUUCAGAUCCUAAGGAAGUUGUGGUGGAGAAGCAGCCUGAAAUGGCUGAGGAGAAGAAGAAGACGAAGAACAAGGAGAAGAAGGCAGAAGGUGAUGAAGAAGCCCAGCGAAAGAAGGAGAAGAAAGAUAGAAAAUCGAGUGAUAAGAGGGAAUGUAGGCAAGAAGGGAAGCGCCUGAAGAAGAAGGAAGAAAAGAGAAAGAGGGCUGAAAGCCCAGAAGUCGACGAAGAAUCAACCACCACAAAGGUGGAUGAGGGGGUGUCAGUGCAACAAAGAAAAUCAGCGCAACUUGAAGAGGAAUCAAUGCAAAUAAAAACGACUGUGACUGACAAUGGAGAGGAUCCAGACAUCACCCCCCUUAUGUGGCAUCACAAGGAGAAUGCGCCGCAAGGUCAACGAUCGACCUAUCAAUUUUGCAAAGUGCAGUAG